UCUCUAGGAACGGUCAUGAAAUACAGACCUAACAAGCCAACCUAUCAAUCUGCAUGUGUCCAGGCAGGGAGUCCUUGUCUCUCUUUGAUUUCUUUUUUAUCUAUGUGGGCCGAGCUGAGGCAGAGAUAGCAAGAGGCAGACGAGGCCUUUUUCCACACAGCAGCCAUAACAAAAUCUGUCCUUGUGAAGAAGUGAGUGUCAGCAAAGGUGGAGUCAGAGUACAAAAAGGAAGGAACCUCCAUUUGACACUGCCUCACUAAUCUCAGCAGUGUAUCACUCAUUAUUCUGCACAGGAUUAAAGGACACUGAAAACCAUACAAGUUUGAUUAAGAAGAAAAAAUGCCCAGAAAGAACGUAGACUAUGGAGUGCUGCCUGAGUAUGAGAAGAGCCAGAUUAAAAGGACCUUGGAAUUGGGAACUGUUAUGACAAUAUUCAGUCUUAAGAAGUGUAGCCCAGAAAGGAGGACUAUUCAAGUCAUAAUGGAAACCAGGCAGGUAGCAUGGAGCAAGACAGCUGACAAGAUUGAAGGUUUCUUGGAUCUGAUGGAAAUAAAAGAAAUUCGCCCAGGAAAGAAUUCAAAGGACUUUGAACGUUGCAAAGCAAAGCACAGAGAAGAACACUGCUUUACUGUUUUUUAUGGUACCCAGUUUGUCCUCAACACCUUAAGUUUAGCAGCUGACUCUAAAGAUGAUACUGAUAAAUGGUUGUGUGGCUUGAAUAUCUUGUAUCAAGAGGUCAUGAGUGCUCCCACACCUGCUAUCACAGAGAGCUGGCUGAGAAAGCAGAUCUAUUCUGUUGAUCAAACUAGAAAAAAUAGUAUCAGUCUUAGAGAGCUGAAAACUGUCCUUCCCCAAGUAAACUUCAAAGUGAGCAGCAUGAAGUACUUGAAGGACAAAUUUGCGGAAAUAGGCGCUCACAAGGAAGAGCUUACUUUUGAACAAUUUCAUUUGUUCUACAAGAAGAUCAUGUUUGAACAACAGAAAUUGAUUCUUGAUGAAUUCAAAAAGGAUUCCUCUGUUUUCAUUCUUGGAAAUACUGACCGUCCAGAUGGUUCAGCAGUUCACCUCCAUGACUUCCAGAGAUUCCUGCUACACGAGCAGCAGGAAUCUUGGGCACAGGAUCUCAGUAAAGUCCGAGAACGAAUGACGAAGUUUAUUGAUGACACUAUGAGAGAAACUGCUGAACCUUUCCUCUUUGUUGAUGAGUUCCUUGCUUACCUAUUUGCAAAAGAAAACAGUAUUUGGGAUGAGAAAUAUGAUUCAAUAGAUGUGCAGAACAUGAAUAAUCCUUUGUCCCACUACUGGAUUUCUUCCUCUCAUAACACAUACCUGACAGGAGACCAGCUUCGCAGUGAAUCCUCUACAGAAGCUUACAUCAGGUGCCUCAGGAUGGGAUGUCGAUGUAUUGAGUUGGAUUGCUGGGAUGGUCCUGAUGGGAAACCCAUCAUUUACCAUGGGUGGACACGGACAACAAAGAUCAAAUUUGAUGAUGUAGUUCAGGCAAUCAAAGACCAUGCCUUUGUUACAUCUGAAUACCCAGUCAUUCUGUCAAUUGAAGAGCACUGCAGUGUGGAGCAGCAGCGACACAUGGCCAGAGUGUUCAAGGAGGUGUUUGGGGAUCAGCUUUUGAUGAAGCCUGUUGAAGCCAGUGCAGAUCAGCUCCCAUCACCAACCCAGCUGAAAGAAAAAAUCAUCAUCAAGCACAAAAAACUGGGGCCAAAGGGAGACAUUGAUGUGAACUUGGAAGAAAAGAAAGAAGAAAAGAAGCAACAAGGAGAACUUUACAUGUGGGACACAAUAGAACAGAAAUGGACUCGACACUACUGUGCUAUUGCUGAUGAAAAACUUUCAUUCAGUGAUGAUAUAGAACAAAGUGCUGAUGAAGAUUCAUCAAAGGAGGUGAAACGAACUGAACUGCACUUGAAAGAGAAAUGGUUCCAUGGGAAAAUGAAAGGAGGGAGAACAACUGCUGAGAAACUGCUCCAGGAAUAUUGUGCUGAAAUGGGUGGCAAGGAUGGGACAUUCCUGGUCAGGGAAAGUGAAGCUUUCCCUGACGAUUACACCUUGUCAUUCUGGAGGUCAGGCAGAGUCCAGCACUGCCGGAUCCGUUCCACCAGUGAUGGGGACACUGUGAAAUAUUACCUGACAGACAACCUCACCUUUGACAGCAUCUAUGAUCUCAUCCAACACUACAAGGAGGCCCACCUGCGAUGUGCUGAGUUUGAGCUGCGCCUCACCGACGCUGUGCCCAACCCCAGCCCUCACGAGACCAAAGACUGGUACUAUAACAACUUGAGUCGGGGUGAGGCAGAAGACAUGCUCAUGCGAAUUCCUCGGGAUGGAGCCUUUCUCAUUAGAAAGAGAGAUGAGCCUGAUUCUUUUGCCAUGACUUUCAGAGCGGAGGGGAAGGUGAAGCACUUCCGAAUCCAGCAGGAGGGGCGGCACUUUGUGCUGGGAACCUCAGCCUACUUUGAGAGCUUGGUGGAGCUGGUGACCUACUACGAGAAGCACCCGCUGUACAGGAAGAUGAAGCUGCGCUACCCUGUGACGGAGGAGCUGCUGGAGCGCUACAGCACGGAAAAAGAUAUUAAUUCCCUCUAUGAAGUCAAGAUGUAUGUGGAGCCCAGUGAAAUCACCCCCACAGUGCCUCAGAGAACAGUGAAAGCCUUGUAUGACUACAGAGCCAAAAGGAGUGAUGAACUGAGCUUCUCUCGAGGAGCUUUAAUUCAUAAUGUCACAAAGGAAACUGGAGGCUGGUGGAAGGGGGAUUAUGGAGAAAAAGUCCAACAUUAUUUUCCAUCUAAUUAUGUUGAAGAUCUGUCAUCUGAUAACUCUGCUGAGCUUGAAAAUCAGAUCAUCGAGGACAACCCACUGGGCUCUCUGUGUCGUGGCAUCCUGGUGCUCAAUACAUACAACGUUGUGAAAAUGCCACAAGGAAAACACAAAAAGCCUUUUGUCUUCAUUCUGGAACCUAAGAAUCCAGAAGAUCCAUGUGUUGAGUUUGCAACUGAUAAAGUAGAAGAACUCUUUGAAUGGUACCAAAGUAUCCGUGAGAUCACUUGGAAAACAGCAGAAGAGGAGAACAGGAGGAAAUACUGGGAAAAGAAUCAGUUAAUUGCUAUUGAAUUAUCUGAUCUAGUAAUCUACUGCAAGCCAACAAGCAAAACCAAGGACAAUUUAGACAAUCCUGAUUUCAGAGAAAUCCGUUCUUUUGUGGAAACCAAGGCAGAGAGCAUUGUUAAGCAAAAGCCACUGGAGUUGUUGAAGUACAACCUGAAGGGCCUGACCCGUGUCUAUCCCAAAGGACAGAGGGUUGACUCAUCCAACUAUGACCCAUUUCGCCUCUGGUUUUGUGGCUCCCAGAUGGUGGCUCUGAACUUCCAAACUCCAGACAAAUACAUGCAAUUGAACCAUGCCUUGUUUUCCUUGAAUGGACGCACUGGCUACGUGCUGCAGCCAGAGAGCAUGAGAAAUGAGGAGUAUGACCCAAUGCCAAAUGACUCCAAGAGGAAAUUGCAGAUGAUUAUGACAGUGAGGGUUUUAGGUGCUCGUCAUCUCCCUAAACUUGGUAGAAGCAUCGCCUGUCCCUUUGUAGAAGUUGAAAUUUGUGGGGCUGAAUAUGAUAACAACAAAUUCAAGACAACAGUUGUGAAUGACAAUGGCCUUAAUCCAAUUUGGGCACCUUAUGCAGAGCAAGUGAAAUUUGAAAUUUACGACCCUAAUCUGGCAUUCCUGCGCUUUGUUGUUUAUGAGGAGGAUAUGUUCAGUGAUCCCAACUUCUUAGCACACGCCACUUUUCCCAUCAAAGGAAUCAAAUCAGGUUUUAGGUCAGUUCCUCUCAAGAAUGGCUACAGUGAAGAUAUAGAGCUGGCCUCACUUCUGGUGCACUGUGAGAUGCAGCAAGUUCUGGAAAGCGAAGAGGAGCUUUAUUCCUCGUGUCGGCAACUUCGGAAGCGCCAGGAGGAGCUGAAUACCCAGCUGCUCCUCUAUGACACCCACAUGAACCUGAGGAAUCCCAACAGGGAUGCUAUACUGAAAGAAUUCAGUGUCAAUGAACACAAACUACAGAUUUAUCAAGAGACUUGCAACCGCAGAUUAAAGGAGAAGAAAGUCAGUAACAGCAAAUUCUACUCUUAGAGCCCAUCAUUCUUUGAUGUGUGCUUUAUGGUGCAAUUCAGGAAGACAUGAAUUUACCCUGGUCGUCCUACUCAGUGACGGUCUCAUCAGAUGGAAUGACUGGAAGAAGAGCAGGAAGAGGAAAUACGGAUUUCCUUUAUAAUUUCUUCUUCUAAGAAAAACUGUUUUAAUACCUAAUAAUUUAUAUUCUGUACAAAGCAAACCCUCUGUGCAGGCCAGAACUUCUGUGUAUUCAAGAUUUUUAAAACUUGAGUAUGUGUAGUUGGAUGGACCUCAUUUCUCAUUUUCAAUACCUGAAGUACAAGUUGUCUCCUGUGUGUACACAGGCUGUAGAUAAGACAGUCACAACAAUUUGCAUGCAUGGAAUCACACCACUUUAACAACCUGGCUCCUCAAGAUUAACUAGUAGUGCGUUUUUAAUUUAUUAAAUGCUUUAAAAGCACUUCUACACCAGCAUUGUCACGUCAUGUAUGGUACAGUCCUCGAGACAGCAGAUCGUGCUGCUGAUGCUGUAUAAAAUAUUUUGGGCAGCUAUUGUCUCUUAUUAAAAAUUUUCUGUUACA